AUGGCGACGUUGAACAGCAACCCCGAGAUCCUGCUGCGCAAGCGGCGUAACGCGGAGCGCACGCGCGUGGAGAAGCAGGAGGCAGCGCGGCGGCGCGCGGAGGCGGAGGUGCGGCAGCGGCGCGCGCGGCAGCACAAGUUCGUGCGGGCGGAGGCGCUGGUGGCGUCGACGCUGGCCACGGAGCGCGAGAAGACGCGGAUCCAGCGGGUGUCCAAGCGGGCGGCGAAGCAGCGGGCGGGUCACGUGACCGGCGGGGAGUGGCUGGUGCGGGUGCGCGCGGCGGCGGACGGCGGGCUGGAGCGCGAGAAGACGGCGUACGACGGGCGCGCGACGCUGCUGUUCGUGGUGCGGGUGCGCGGGCCGGCGGCGGCGAAGAUCCCGCGCAAGGCGCACCGGGUGCUGACGCUGCUGCGGCUGGCGGAGGUGAACACGGGUGUGUUUGUGCGGCUGACGGCGGAGGUGUUCCCGCUGCUGCAGGUGGUGGCGCCGUACGUGGUGGUGGGGCGGCCGUCGCUGGCGUCGAUCCGCGCGCUGGUGCAGAAGCGCGCGCGCGUGGUGCACCAGCGCGCGGGUGAGGCGGCGCCGGUGGAGAUGGUGCUGAACGACAACGGCGUGGUGGAGGAGCGGCUCGGCGACGAGGGCGUGAUCUGUGUGGAGGACAUCAUCCACGAGAUUGCGACGAUGGGCGAGGCGUUCGCGAAGUGCAACUUCUUCCUGCUGCCGUUCAAGCUGGGCCGCGAGGUGAGCGGCUUCAGCGCGCUGAGCCGCCUGCAGAAGCUGAAGCAGCGCGAGGAGGCGUCGCAGACGCGCCCGGUGUCGAACGCGGCGGCGGCCCCGCUCGUCGAGGUGGACGUGGACGAGCUGAUCGGCCGGCUGAACUGA